GGGGGGGGGGUUGUUUGCUCCUCUCCUUUGCAAGCAUCAUGUCCCAGGCCGCCUCCCCUCCCCGCCCUGGGUGUUUCCGACGCCACGGAGAGCGUCGCCUGAAAUGUUGUUACACAAGGCGCAGGGGCUUUAUGCAAGCAGAGCGAGGAAGAGACAAGGCAGGAGGCGAGCCGAGAGCGAAGGGGAAUAUGGGAUGCUGAAGACUAUAAAACAAGCCCUCUUCUCUACUGGGCUGGAGAUGCCCAAAUGGACAGCACUGCCAAACCAGGCUUCUGAUUAUGAAAUUCGACAGUAUGAACCAGCCAAAUGGGUUUGCACAUCUGUUAAAACUGUGGACUGGGAUUCAGCUAUCAAUACUGGUUUUACUAAGCUCUUUAAUUAUAUUAAGGGCAAGAACGAAAAAGGAGUAAAGAUAGACAUGACAGCUCCAGUGACAUGCUAUGUGCAGCCAGGCGCUGGCCCAUUCUGUGAGUCCACAACAACCGUCUCUUUUUACGUGCCACCUCAACACCAGGCAAAUCCACCUAAGCCAUCAGAGGCAGAUGUCUUCAUUGAAAUGAGGCCAGCAAUUACUGUGUUUGUCAGAUCUUUUGGAGGAUUUGCCAAUGCGAAAAAGAACCAGGAUGAAAUACUGGCACUUGCUGAAAGUCUAAAGCGGGAUGGAAAAACUUUUCAAGAAAAGGUCUAUUAUACUGCUGGCUAUGAUAGUCCAUUUAAAUUGCUGAACAGACAUAAUGAAGUUUGGCUUAUCAGGAAAAGCUAAAACCUCAACAAUUCAGAUUAUAGCCUUAAUAACCAUAAGUGUCCUUAACCAAAUAUAUUUCCUAAUAUUUUCCUACUUAGCCCAUUGCCUUAAUAUCUAUCAGUGCCAAUAUAAUACUUGUUUCACAAUCUUUAUAUAUAACUUGAUUGUAAUAAAACUUCUAAGUGGUUUACAAAAAUGUAAGAUGGCUGUAUAGGUUGCUAUAGUGUGGCUGCAUGUGCAGCCAUGCACCACAGUGAACAUGUGACCAAACUGUCUAUUUCUGCAGGCUAAUUCUUUGUCCUUAUAGCUGGCUCAACUCCACUGACGUCAGUAUGGGAACAUUAUAGCUUCUGCACUGCUAUGCAGAUUCCAUACUCCUAAGGCACGGGGAGGAAACAAGACAUAAGCAGUUCUCAGUUGAUUAGGGUGGGGGAAGGUAAGAAUGCACAGGCCCUGAUCUCUGAUUUUAACUAACAUGUUGGGCACAAGAUUCCUGUAUUGCAGAAAAUUGAACUAGAUUACCCUCAUGGUCCCUUCAGUCUCUCCAAUUCUGUGAUUCUAUGUUCCUUUUUACUGCAGCCUUUUAAAAACAGUAGGUAAAGGGCCCAUUUCAAAAGAAAGGAAGCCAGGCCUCUUCAGGUGUCUGGUAAUACAGUUAUGGUCUCUAUGGUCUAAUUACUA